AUGGUGUCCCUUGGAACAAUUUUUGAGUAUAUCAUAAUCAAUUGUGUUACUUUCUUAACUGCCAAUACUGUUUCCCAGUGCCAGCAGAAGACAUUUUUCAGACCCUAUCUUUUUUCAAUUGAACAGCCAGGAAAGGAUUACAUGUAUAUUUCGACCGUACAAGGAAGCGUGGAAUUUUGCGUUUUAGAGUGUGUGAGAGACCCCAAGUGUUCCUCUGUUCUACACAAUUCUAGAAGUCAGUUAUGUAAAUUGUUACGUUGCCUGUUAACCCCUGCUUACAUUAUUCCGGAUACCUCAGAAAAUGGUUUGGAUUAUUUUGUCAGUGAAGAUGAAUGUAGUGACGGUUGGUUCCGGUUUGAGGACCAUUGUUACUAUAACAACUUGACGGACAUUACAUGGAACGAGGCUGAGAAUGUUUGCAAUCAUCAUGGAGCCUACUUGGUGGAAAUAAAUUCGAGCUAUGAAAAUUUAUGGCUUGAUAGGGAAUUACCUAACGAGGAGAGACACCGCUGGAUUGGGGCUACAGAUAUACUGACUGAGGGUCAGUUCCUGUGGAGUUUCUCUAAUACAGAGUUGAAUUUUGAGAACUGGAGAAAUGGAGAACCAAAUAAUGUAAACCAAAAGGAACACUGUGCCGUGAUAAUGAAGGGCGGACGAUGGAACGACUUUAAAUGUUACUGCAGUCAGGCUUUUAUUUGCGAGAAAAAUCUGUUUUAG